UGUCUGGGCCGCGGGGCCGGGGAGCGGGUCGUGCGCGCUGAGGAGGAGCCGCAGCCGUCGCCGUCGCCGUCGCCGUCGCCGUCGCCGUCGCCGCUACCGCUACCGCUACCGCUCUGCCGCCGCCGCCGCCGCCGCCACCGCUGCCGAGGCCGUGCGGAGCCGUUAUCGCCGCGCCGCCCGCCCCGGAGCAGAGUCCCGGGCCUUCCCGCCCGUGUUCAGCUGUGUGGACCAGCUCAGAGCACAAACACCAUUUGAAGCUGCCCCCAAAUGCCAAGGCUUUUCCACUUCCUCCAGAAUGAUUGGUGUUCCCAUCACCUUCAGUGUGUUCAAGCUGGUUAAAUGCAGAAUGGUUAUUAUCGAUAAAACAGCUGUCUGUAAACAUAGUUGAUCUCCUUGUAUGAAUAUAGAUUUUUAAAUAAUACAAUGUCUAAUGGUUAUGAAGACCACAUGGCGGAAGACUGCAGGGAUGACAUUGGGAGAACGAAUUUAAUUGUCAACUACCUCCCUCAGAACAUGACCCAAGAGGAACUACGAAGUCUGUUCAGCAGCAUUGGCGAGGUUGAAUCUGCAAAGCUUAUUCGGGAUAAAGUAGCAGGACACAGCUUGGGCUACGGUUUUGUGAACUAUGUGACUGCAAAAGAUGCAGAGAGAGCAAUCAGCACACUGAACGGCUUGAGACUCCAGUCCAAAACCAUUAAGGUGUCAUAUGCUCGCCCAAGCUCAGAGGUCAUCAAAGAUGCCAACUUAUACAUCAGUGGGCUCCCAAGGACCAUGACACAGAAGGAUGUGGAAGACAUGUUUUCUCGGUUUGGGCGAAUCAUCAACUCCAGGGUCCUUGUGGAUCAGACCACAGGUUUGUCCAGAGGGGUUGCCUUUAUCCGGUUUGACAAACGGUCAGAAGCAGAAGAGGCAAUUACCAGUUUCAAUGGUCAUAAACCCCCAGGUUCCUCCGAGCCCAUCACAGUGAAGUUUGCAGCCAAUCCCAACCAGAACAAAAACAUGGCUCUCCUCUCGCAGCUGUACCACUCGCCUGCUAGGCGGUUUGGAGGCCCUGUACACCACCAGGCACAGAGAUUCAGGUUCUCCCCUAUGGGUGUAGAUCACAUGAGUGGGAUUUCUGGUGUCAAUGUCCCCGGCAAUGCUUCCUCGGGCUGGUGCAUCUUCAUCUACAACCUUGGGCAAGACGCCGAUGAGGGGAUCCUCUGGCAGAUGUUUGGCCCCUUUGGUGCAGUUACCAAUGUGAAAGUGAUUCGUGAUUUCAACACCAACAAGUGCAAAGGGUUUGGUUUUGUGACCAUGACAAACUAUGAAGAAGCUGCAAUGGCCAUAGCAAGUCUGAACGGCUACCGCCUGGGGGACAAAAUUUUACAGGUUUCCUUCAAAACCAACAAGUCCCACAAAUAACUCGCUCAUGCUUUUUUUUUCUUUCCUUCUUUUUUUUUUCCUUUUCUUUUUUCUUUUUUUGUACGGAAUAGAUAAUUAAGAGUGAAGAAGUUGAAACUUUUUUGUUAGUGUACAACUCAUUUUGCGCCAAUUUUCACAAGUGUUUGUCUUAGUCUAAAUGAGAAGUGCAAAGGUUUUUAUACUCUGGGAUGCAACCGACAUGUUCAAAUGCUUGAAAUCCCACAAAUGUUAGACCAAUUUUAAGUUUCUUAAGUUAUUUCCUUUAAAGUAUAUAUUAAAGUGAAACCGAAGUAGACUGCGCUGACUAACCAGUCACUCUGGACGGUGGUGGGACUGAAGCAUGCUUUUACUUCUAAGACUGUCUAACACCUGUUUCAUCUGAUGUCUCCACAGACUGGAUUUAAAACAAAACAAAAAAAAUUUUUUUUUAAUUUCUUUGUUUUAGUUUUUAACCUAAAGAUGUUAGACAGAUGGGGAGUGUGUUUUUUCUCAACUGCUUCACUAUUUUAAACAAUUUCUGCUUUAGGUGACAGGAAAUUUGCCCUCCCCAGCAGUCCCACUGCUGCCCCCUGCCCACUCAGUCCCAGCUCUAUAGUGUUGGGAGCAGCAGCAGGGCCCAUAUUCUGGGGCUCCCACAAGGGGAGAUGGGAAGAGGUUCCACAUGUUGGGCUGAGCCAGGCCCUCCAGAGACACAAAAGGUGUUUUGUAAGCCCAGGCACCAAUGAGAACGGACCAAAGAGUUUCAGGGCAGCUCCAGUAUAUUCCAGAGUCAAACCUGAGCUCCAGGCAUGCCUGAAGAUGCCCCACUCCUCUGACAUCCUGAGCGUCUGUCCACACAUUGCAUGCAUGGUGCCCACACAUCAGAUACUGUUGUUCAUGCAACUUCCCGAGUUUCCAAGACCAUUUAACCUAGCUUGAAUGCACAACGAUUGCUCUGUUUUUAAUGACACAGAAACAUUUGAGCAUUGUAUUUUCUCGCAUCCCUUCUUGUGAGCACUAGACUUUUUCCAAUCUUAGUCAGAUUUUGCUUUGAAAUUUUGCUUUUGUAUGGACACUCAGCAGAAAAGUACUUCUUGCCAGUUAUCUAUUAACAAAAUCCUUUGAUUUGUAGUUUUAAGGAUUAACCCUCAAAGUUCUCUUCAUAACUGCCUUGACGUUUGGGGUUCUGUUCUGUUAAUUUUCUUUUGCUUUUUUGUGUUUUUUGUUUGUUUUUACUUUUGCAUUUAAGACCAUUAAAUUUGAUUUUGUUUUGCUCGAGUUUUGUUUUGUUUUUUGUUUUACCUUUUCUUUCUUUUUUGGCUAGGGAAGGGCACAGACAGCCCAGCAUUCAGGGAGGAGUCUGUCAGACCUUAAACACUUGCCUCAAGUUUAAAAAACAUUUCUGGAGCUAUGGUAUAAGAAAUACAGCUAUGGAUCAAUGGUUCUUAACUCAGGAGCUGGUAGGAAAGGUCAAAGGGAAGGGAAGAGCACAUGAGGCCUGACCCCUACAGCCCUCAGGACUGUUCUGAUGUUUAUUAGUAUGUGGAGAGAAUGAGAACAGGCUAGUGCAGUUACUGGCAGCUCUUCACUUUGAUGUAAGCCUGGAGUGUAUAACAGCAGGCUAGUAUUUAGUUCUUGAUAUCAUGGUAUGAUAGCAUUAUUUACACAUAUCUGUUUAGUUAUAUAUACAUAUAUAUAUACAUAUAGCUAUUUUGUUUCAUUUACUUAAGUGGAAAACUGAGCAAAAAGCACAGCCAUCUCUAAAGUAGGUCAGUGUAUCAAGAAGCCCAUGUACAAAUUGAGGCUGCCUGUUCCCUCCCCCGCCUCCUUUUCCUGACUUCCCUGGAGGCUCGUUGCAGUGUUCUCUACCAUUGGUGAGGUUGUCUCAUGUACUCAGGCUUUGUCCCACCCUAAGUGAGUCAAGUGCUGCUCAGUACCUCAUUCCAUCCCAUAAUUCCCAGCCUAUAGGGCCUGAAACCCAGAACCAAAGGCUCAUAUGCCCAGAUCUGACCAAAAAAGGAGAGGGGUCCUCUGCUUUGAGGGUGCAGAGUGCACCUCCCCGUGGGACCAAAAUGUUGUGAUAAAAUACGCAUUUCUAGUUUCUUAGCCAGCAUUCUUCUGAGUGGAGGUGGGAUUCUCCUCAGUCGUGUAGCCUUUGUAUUCCACACCUGAAAGAGACUGUGUCUUUAAAGGACCUGGUGCUCAGAGCUAGCACCUUAAUCACUAUACCAUCCCUACCACCCAACACCUGUUUACUCCAUAGUAACUCUGAGAGGAACUGGGGGAAAUGUCACCAGCUUCUGGAGGUCACUUCAAGUUCGACAUUUUCUUUCUGUGUGGUCUCCACUGUCUGGGUAGCACUCUAGAUAAAAGUCCCAGUGCAUUCCUUGAUGAGCUUUCUUUGUCAGUGUCUAGAAGAAAGUAGCUUUGAAAAGGCAUUCCUGAAAGCAGUUUUCAUUCUAUGAAAGGACUAGGUCCUGGCCCUGGACGCGUUCAUGACAGCUAGUCAGGCUGGGCAGAAAUACAGAACCCAGACGUGUGUGUAGCUCAGAGAUUAAAGCACUUGCCCAGCAUGAGGGCAGCCCUGAGCUCUGUCCCCAGCAUUGGAGGAAAAGUCACAACCCAAGAGAAAGGGGUUUUUUUUGUUUUGUUUUUUAAGGAGAAAUUCAUCCUGUUUUUAUUGAGCAAGUUAAGGCCAUUUCUUUUGUUGGGAAAUCUGAUGGAAAAAAAUACAGAGAGUAGGUAAUGUUCAUUCAUCAGAAAUAUGGUUUGACCAAUACCAAAGAGGCUUUGACUGAGUUCUCUUGACCUCCUCUGGUAGUGGGUUAUUUCUUGAGCCACCUCCAGGUUCUUCCGCCUACUUCUGGUUGGGUUGCCUGUUUCUUUCUUGAGUGAUUCUCUCCCCCAAUUGAAACUUCUAGGUAAUGUGCCAAGCCAUCCUGGCUGUGCCUCUGGUCACAGAAGUGUGACUAUAUCUCCCUCCUCCCCAUACUCUGAUCAGCUACCAUCUUCCUUGACUACCUGAGAACCAAACUUCCCUUGGAGGGUGGGAUGUGAUGCCACUAUAUUGAAUGGGUUCUGUCUCCCUUGAAGUUGCCUUAACCUUUUAGUGGCAGUAAGUAGUUAAGAAACUCGUACACACCUUCAGACUGGACCUCCUGCUAUAAGGAGUUAAAGCUGGAGUCUCCCAGCUGACAUUUAAGGAGAACCCUGCUGGGUCAGAGAAAUUAAUGAGCCUCCAAGACAACGGCAGUUACCUAUAUGGGGUUGCUUCCAAAUAAUAGCCAUUUGUCUAUAAAGUUAUGUGUUGAAAGGAUGUGACCUACUCCAGUCAUUAGAUUUGGAAAUCGAAGUUGAAAUAACUCAGCUCUUCCAGUUAGCGUGUUUCAGCAAGAUUUUAUCUCUUGAUGGUUUAUGUGGCCAGCUUUUCUAUAUUGGGUGAGAGAAUAUGAGUAUGCUGAAAGGUCUUCUGCCUCCUCUAUCCCCAACACCUUACCCCUUCCCAUCUUUUCAGGAACUGCCUCACCUACUGGGACCCGAGGUAACUCCUGGGGAGGGAUCCCUGGGGUUCAUCAUACUCAAGGGGUCAGGAAUCGUGUUUCCAAACCUUCCUAGAGUACCCCAAUCAUCAUGAAUGCUUACUGUUGAGUGGCAUUGAUGAUUUGACACAUUCUUAGGGGAGCAACAGAACAUGCAUUUCCAUCCUAAAUAAGGACCCUCCCACUUCCACCUUUGACCUUUAAUAAUGAUUGUAUUACAUUUCCCCAUAACCUUUUGCUGAUGUGGUUCAAUUUAUUUCUCUCAGUCAUGAAAAUUAUUUAUUUAUUUAUUUAUUUUUAUUUAUUUGUUUGUUUAUUUAUUUAUUUAUUACUUGUGAGUCACCAGCUGCCAAGUAUUUGCAUUAGUCUGGUGGAGACUUUGAGAGGACUGUGCUUUUCUGUUCCCCUCCCCCAGAAAAGAAGGCUGGUUGGUUGGUUGGUUUGAACCACCUCUCUUCCCACAUGCUGUUUCCCUCACCAUGGCUUACUUUGGGGGAGGGGAGGGCUUCUACCAGCUGAUUCCCUUGUUGUACACUAGAUGGCUAGACAUUUUUGUAUAUUAGUGUGUUUUAAGUUAUUGAUUUGUUUUAUAUGAAAUAAUUUAUUUUUCAGGUACCAUUUUUUUUUUCAUUUUAACUUUGUUUUUACAUGGGUUUGUUUUCAAUAAAGUCUGACAUUGCUGUCCAAAGUCAACAAUAAAGUGAAUCCCAUUGUGUUCUUUUGAGGAUGUUUAUGUAACUAGCCUUUAAAAGUAAUUUUCAGAAAAAGAAAGGUGGGGAACAAAAACCUUUAACCUAUUUUCCUUUUCCCAUUGCCUUUUUCCCCACUACUUUAAAUCCUUGUGAAUAAAUGUUCUUCAGUGUUUUAGGAAGAAAAAAGCAAACCUAGAUUUUGAUAAUCCAGAAGAUUUCAGAUUAACGAAGCUUUGAAAGAACCAUUUUUCGAAAUUUCAGUGACGUGUGAAUAUUUUUUGUCAAUGGCUUUCUCAAAGAGAAUGAAACUUUUGCACCAUUUUCAGAGUUUUUAUAGAGAUGCCAAAUUGAUAUAUUUACAUGUAAUGGAAACAUAAAAAAAGUUUUAUUAAACAAUUGUUCAUAGCUGUGUAGACAUUUUAAUUCAGCUUCCAAAGCUCUUCAAAGUCGUAUUUUGGAGAUGCGGGGUGUUAACUGACGAUUCCAAACCAGUCAGUUGUCUGAAGACUCGGUUCCUUCCACAGGUGUCAGGUUUGUGUUAAAGCAUUCUAUGUUACCACUGACUGCAAUUCUGUGAUAUUUUGGUAAUAAAUGAAGUGGGAUCAUUGA